AGUUUGAUUGCGCUGAACAAUACACAAACGCGAGAACGAGGUGGACAUUCAACCCACCCGCGGCACCCCAUAUGGGUGGCGUAUGGGAGCGUCUGGUACGAUCGGUGAAAGAGAUAUUGAGAGCAAUUAACGACGGAAGACGGCUUACGGACGAGAUUCUUCAGACGUCCAUCGUAGAAGCAGAGGACAUAAUAAAUUCACGUCCGCUAACAUACGUGUCACAAGACUCAGAAGAAGUGGAUGCGUUGACCCCAAACCAUUUUUUGCGAGGUCCUCCAUCUAAGCAACGAAACGUAACGAGUCCACCACCGCAUCCGGCUGAAGCACUUCGUGAUACGUACAAACGAACGCAGCAGUUAGCUAGUGAGUUGUGGCAGCGCUGGAUCAGGGAAUAUGUUCCAUCAAUAAACCAACGAACCAGGUGGUUUGGCGAAACGAAACCGUUGAAAGCAGGCGAUUUGGUGUACAUCGUCGAAGGCAACAAUCGGAAAUGCUGGGUCCGCGGCAUAGUGGAGGAACCUAUAGUGUCGAGCGAUGGUCGUAUACGGCAAGCAUGGGUCCGUACCAGGACCAAGCGGUACAGACGAGCGGCAGCAAACUUGGCCGUGUUGGAAUUAGACGAUGGUAACUCUGAACCGAAUGGUACCUUCGGAUCAGGGUUACGGGUCGGGGAAUAUGUUGGGAACACUGCCAUGCCGCUGCAAUAAGAUGGGUGCCGCUGCGAAGAGAUAAAUAUGCGCCACAAGGGUGUGUUGACAGAAGGAAAGGAAGACGUCAAACGACAUAGAUGAGUGAGAUAGAGAGUGAUAGAAUGAUUUAGUUGUCAGUGGACGGAAAAAGGUAAAUAAUAAAAAUAAAGGAGGUUAGAUUAAAGCGAGUGAUAGGAAAGACUAAUUAAAAUUAAUUUGCUGAACGUUGAUUGUUAGCGGUCAUACCAGUAAAAACAAAGGCGAUUAAUUAGUACGCACAACUCGCAUCGGAAAGUUCGGAACGGAGAAUAAAACUUAUACUACGGUUAAAAUCAGCUUCGUUCGAAACGGAGAAUAAAACUUAUACUACGGUUAAAAUUUGGAUAGUACGGAGAAGUAGUGAGGAGGAGAAAAUCAGACUAAAGAAACACUAAAUGUGAGUAAAACUAUUGAGUAAAAUUUGCCUAUUUCUAAAUUUAAACCUAACAUUGUUAAAACAAGUAAAACUUAUUUGCUAACAGUGAACAUUUAAAAUACAUUUUAGCUUUGAUCGGCUUAUAGUAAACGUCGAUU